AACGAAGUAGAGACCCUGAUUCUACUCCCAGUUCGCCCAGGUUGGUGUCCAUCCUGCAGAGCCUUGAAUCCUCCCCCAAUUCAGAAUGACCCCAUGCUGACCUCCAGUUCUGUCUAGAGACCCCUAUCCCCCACUCCAGUUGUCUCGGGCUGGCACGAGCAGUCCCCAAAGCCGACUAAACGCCACCCGCUUCCCCACCCUGGAAGAAAGCUAGCAAUCCAAGGCUUUCCCAGUAGGACAGCACCACGCGAAAAAGCGCAAAGCAAGAAAGGGCUGGACCCGGCACAGGGAGGAAGCUCCCCGAGACAGAGCCAACAGAGCUGUCUAGGACGACUGGGAGAGGGUUUACGGGGGCGGGCUGGGACUGGGGGCUGGUCCCUUCUCCCCCAGGACCACUUCAGUCGUUUGUCACCCCAGGCUGUCCCCUAGGCACGUGCAGCCGGAGGCGUGCGUCAGCACUGGGCAAACAAAUGACUGGCCCACCGCGCCAGGCGGGGGCUAUUUAAGAAGCAUCCGUCGCCCGCCUACCCUGAACUUGGCUGGGGCGCUGGGCUGCUCCGCGGCACUCGCUGACCCUGUGUGCUACGCGCUCAACCCCAGCCAUGAAUAGCAGCGUGAGCCUGUACGUGCUGAUGGCGGUGCUGGCAGCCAGCAUGCUGACGCAGGCUGUGCCCCCUGAUGAUCCCGCCAGUUCUGGGGUGCAGCGGGCAGAGGAGGCACCCCGGAGGCACGUGAGGGCUGUGCAGAAGACCGAUGCAGGCGAGUCCCGAGCACACCUGGGUGCUCUGCUGGCCAGGUACAUCCAGCAGGCCAGGAGAGCUCCUGCUGGCCGCAUCUCUGCCAUCAAGAACCUGCAGAGCCUGGAUCCCAGCCAUAGGAUAAGUGACCGGGACUACAUGGGCUGGAUGGAUUUUGGCCGGCGCAGUGCCGAGGAGUAUGAAUACCCCUCGUAGGAGCAGGUGGUCGCCCUCAGCCCGACAGGAAACAGCCGCCUGACCUGGAAGGCACGGGAUGAGAAAACAGCCACACUCUUAUUUCGGUGUCUUGGCAUUUUGCAACCCUAGGCAUUAAGUUCUCAAUGUGGGAAAGUCUGUAAAUUGUCCAGUGAGUGCCCUCUCUCUUACCCGCCCCCACCCACAACCGCCCCGCCAGCCUCAAAAUUGUGCAAAUGGAAGACCCAUAUUUCCUUCGCCUGU